CGGCAGGUUGGUCCUGGAGCAGAUGAGCGCAGAAUAUUUAGGCGAAAGCGCGAGGCGGGGGGAGCGCGGGGUCGGAGGAGUACCUCGGCCAAGAAAAUUAUGCAUGCGUUAGGGAAGCUCUGAGAGAAUGGCUGUGGAAGCUCUCCACUGCGGCUUGAAUCCACAAGGUAUUGAUCACUCUGCCCAUGCUGAAGGUAUUAAACUGCAAAUUGAAGGUGAAGGUGUUGAAUCUCAAUCCAUUAAAAACAAAAAUUUCCAGAAGGUGCUCGACCAAAAAGGAACCCCCAAGCGAUUACCGGCAGAAGCUGAGACAGCUAAGUCGGCUACAGUGAAGCUGUCAAAGCCAGUGGCUCUGUGGACUCAGCAGGAUGUCUGCAAGUGGCUGAAGAAACAUUGUCCAAAUCAGUAUCAGAUCUACAGUGAGUCAUUCAAACAGCAUGACAUAACUGGGCGGGCCCUGUUGAGACUUACUGACAAGAAGCUUGAGCGGAUGGGGAUUGCUCAGGAGAACCUCCGGCAGCACAUUUUACAGCAGGUGCUCCAACUGAAGGUACGAGAAGAAGUCAGAAACCUACAGUUACUCACCCAAGAAUGUACAGGAAGGGCCACCCCAUGGAAAGGACUGCAAGUGUUCCAGAAUCCCACUGACUAAGAAACAAGAACCGAUCACUUUAUUUGACACCUGAAUGGGAGAAGGGCAAAUAUCUUAAGUGUUCUUUGCCAGUGUAUUUCUAAUGGGGAACAAAAGACUUGGCAGCUCUUAGAGCCAUUUUUUAACAUACACUUGAGUUUCUUGGGGAAGCCAAUGAAAAAAUAUCAUUGCCCCAAUGUGCAUUUUCUCUCUGUUCAUGCAGAAUUCUUUACUUUGGUAAAUCAACUGCUGAAUGCUCAACUCUUUAAUGUUUAACAUCUCCAUUGUCAUGAGAAGCACAACCAGAAACAAAAACUUCAGGUUACCUUCAGGGACACAAGUCUUCAAAUCCCAACACCUUGAGCAAGUGUACAGGUUACUAAAACAGAAAACAUGGCACAUACCUUUAGAACUUCUAAGUAAAGUUAUUUUCAUUUGUACAAAAGGAGUGUAUGCCCAUUGUAGAAAGCGAAGCGUAUAAAAAUAUAUAAGAAAAAAAAAGAAAAUGAAUCGCAUCCCAUUUUAAGCACCCAGAAAUAGCCACAGUUAAUAUUUAAUUGAAAAUGCUUUUGAUCUUUCAGGCACAUAUGCACACCUGGGUACAUAGUCUUUACAAAAGUGAAUCAUAGUUUUUGCAUGCAAGCUUUCUUUUUGGACCUAAGGUACACAGGGUGGAGUAAAGUGUGCUACUCGGUUUCUGACAUGCAAUUUUUUCAGCUCUUUUGAGGGACUCUUCUGGCUUUUUCCCCUCCUUUCUUUUUUCCAAUCCUCUCCCACUUAAGCAAAAACUGCAGUGUGUUUGACAUGUCAUUAACAUAUACUAUUGUUCUGAGUGUGAAUGUUGGUAAUUCAUACAAAUGAUAUUGUUGUAUAGACCUCAUAGUUUCUUUUUUCUCAUUCAACACGGUUUUUGAAAUAUAUCCAUGUUGCUAUAUGCAUAUCUAGUCCAUAGUUUUAACUGCUGCCUAGCGUUCUGUCACAUUUUAUUUACUGUACUUCUAUCCUAGUUACAUACACGGGGUGCCUCAUACAAAGACCUGGGAAGAAUUUUUCUGCUCUAGACCAAAGAAAGAGAUUCCUGGGUCAUAGGGCAUCUUCGUGUCUGUUUUCACUUAGUGCCCUCAGAUUAAAGCUCAUAAGGGUGAACUAGGCUGUAUUCUCUCCAGAGUAGAUGACAUUAUCCAGAUUUCUAUUUUUAGUCAAUCUGAUGGGUGUAAAGUGACAUCUGGCUGUUUUAACUUGCAUUUUCUGAUAAUAAGGGAGUUUGGGCAUAGCUUCAUAUACUUUGUUAGUUAAGUUUCCCCAUUCCAGGAUUACACUGUUUAAACCCUCAGAUUAUUUAGGAAGGACGUUUCCUGCCUGUUUUUCUAUCUGUCUGACUUUCAUGCAGAUUCAAUAUAACACAUACUAUAAGGUUUUUGACAUUGCCUAUAUUUUGACAAUCUGUCAUCUUUGUGUUAGUUCUCUUUCUAUAGUGUUUUUUGCCGAACCCAAACUCUUAACUUUUUUUUUGUCCAAACAGUUUGAUUUAUACUUGUGGUGCAUAUCUUUCAAAUGUCACUGUUUUAUUUUGUGUUGGGGGUAUGUUGGUUAAAUCUGGUUUGUUUAUUGUAGAGUUUCUUGUUACAGCUAGAAUAGUUAUAUGAAUUGAAGGUAUUUAAAUUAUUAUCUUCUGAGUUCUUUUCUUGAUACCACUUCAUUUGAUCUUUAUAAAAACCCUGAAAACUAGGUGAAGCAGGCAUUACUCCCCCCACUUUAUGAAUGAGGAAACUGAUUUGACUCAGAGAGAUGUAGUGACCUGCCUAAGUACAUAGCUAAUAGGUGACCAGGCCAAAUUCAACAGUCAAGUCUCUUUUCUCCAUCAACAUCCCCACAGGGCCUAUUAAGAGUCAGGGUGGUUUCCAGCCAAGUACAGUCAUCUUAAACUUCCCCAUGAGAAAGUCAUAACCACCUGAUGAGAUAGUCACAUCAAAAUAUGUGUUUUAAUAAGACUGGAUUGACUUUUCAUAUUGGUCUAAGAAGUGAGCCAAAUGGUCCUUUGAAAAAAGGCAGAGAUGUCAGUGUGGGAAAGGGUCACCCAUCUCUUUGAACACUGUCGUGGGAGGUGUUUCCUUAAUGAGUCCUGUUCGGAAGGUGGUGACUGCAGGCAAAUUAUGAUUUUUAAGGUGAGCCACCCUCUAAACCCGCCCCCAGGCUAGAGGUGGAAUGGACCUUGGUGCCAAGAAGAAAGCCAGGAUAUGAAGAACGGGAAAUGGGAAGAAGUUUCUAAUUGCUCUCACAUCUGAAAAUGUCCUCCCAGAAAAUGAGUAGAUAGUUCAUUUUGACCUUAGUGCAGACCACAAAAAGACAGAUUCAAGAGAAAUAUUGGACCUUGGCCCCAAAGUCGAUGACUACUAUCCCAGGGACAGGACUAAUGAGCUGGAGGUCAGGUGAUUGUUUGAGGGGGAAGGAGAAGCCCAGCUCUCAGCCCCUGGUGCUGAAGGAGGUGACUUGAGUGAUGGGGUGAUGGAGAACUCAUUCCUCAGUAUAAUCUUAAUGACAUUACAGAAUGCUCUUUCUCAGCAUUUUGUGGACCAGGGGAGAAAAAGCUCACUUGGCUGCAGGAUGGUUAGGGAUUUUUUAUCUUGGCAGGUCCUUCAGCACCACAGGCACUAGCAGGCAAAGCCUAUGUUCUCUGACUGAGCACGUCUUCCUCAUAAAAAGAUUCCUUUCACAUAAUCCAAUUGAAUGAGGUUUAUAGUCAAUACUUUAAGAAGAAUCAGUAUUUCAAAUAUUUGCCAAAAUGAACUCAAAAGAUUAAAAUAGCAAUAAUAAAAUUAUAGCUUCCAAACACUGGCUUAACUCUAUGCCAAGCACUGUAUUUAACAAGCAUCACUUUAUUUACCCUGGGGGGAAAAAACGUGGGCAUGAGCACCAUUAUUAUCUCCAUUUUGCAGAUGAGGAAAUUGAGGCUUACAGAGGUGGAAUGAGUUGCCCAUGGUCACAGAGCUAAUGACUAGCAAAACUGGAAUGUAAAGCCAGAACUGUCUGACUCCAGAGAUGAAUUUCUGUGCUCUUAAACUUUGUAUUGGUUAUUUAUUCCUGCAUAACAAAUUUACGCCAAAGUUUAACUGUUAAAACAACAAGCUUUGCUAUCCCUUCUGAGGGUGACAAAUCCAAGAGUGGCUUAGUUGAGUGUCUCUGGCUCAAAAUCCCCCAUGGAGUUGCUCAAGGUGUUGGCCAGGGCUGCCACCAUCAAACACCUUGACCAGAGCUGGGAAUCUCCCCCCCCCACAGUCCGUGUGGCUAUUGGCAGGGGGUCUCCUCAGCUCUUCAUCAUAUGGGCCUCUCUAGCAGGCUACCUGAGUUGCAUCUAUAAAAUCAAGAUAUCCUAUGGGUUUUUAUGAGGAGCAACUGAGACAACUUAUGAGAAAAUGCUGUGUAAGCUGAAAUAAUGUUAGACAAAUUUUAGAUAUUACUGUUAUUAUAGGACUUCAUCGCCAUAUUGCAUAGGAUAUUCAGGAAAUGGAGGUAAUGCUGACUCCUGCAAAAGAGUGACUCCCUGCAAUUAGAGAUCAUGUCUAAUUAACCCCACACCGUAGGAAAGCCCAGUCUCUGUGCAAGUGAUUUUCAUCCAGGUCUCUCUAGAGUGAGGAAGAUAAAGACACCUGGUUUCUGCACAUAUCCACCACAAGGCAGUUCAUAGCCAGUGGUCUGCAUGGGAUUCCACUUCCCCCUAUGUUGGAUAAAGGAAAAAAGAAAGGUGUUCUCACCUACAAAGACCUGGGGACAGCCAGAAAGUAAGCACCCAAACCCUUCUGUUUUCUAGCCCAAGAUGUUAAGAUUGAAAUCCAGGAUGGAAGUAACAAAUGAACUAGUUAGAAAACAAAGCCAGAGCUUAGACUAAAAUAGCAGAAUAUAGCAGAAAGUCUUUGCAGUAAGACAGACUCAUCUGUGCCCAUAUUUGUUAUGAGAAAACCAAUGCUCAUUGAGGUUCUGUAAUCUGUGGGACAACAUCCUUUCUAUGUAAAGCACCUAAAAGAGUAUCUCGCAUAUAGUAGGUCUCAGUAAAUAGAAGAAUAGUAGUAGUUUUUGUUACUGCUGUCAUCAUUCUAACUUCAUAUGAUCAUUUUGAGGAUUAAGAUAACAUAUCCUUAUUGCUCGUAAGGAUAACAUAUCCUUAGAUUGUAAGUGCCCUGAAAAUGGAAGUCUUGCAUGUCUUGAUUAUCGGUCUUAUUACUGUAUGCCCAGUACCUGAAAGGGAGAAGAUGCUCAGCAGAUAUUACAUGAAUGGGUAUAAUUAAUACAAACCUAGUAUAUAGUAGUUGAUAGUCAUCAGCUUCCUUAUCAUCUCCAAAAUCACCAAUAUCACCAUCAUUAUCAUCACCAUCAGCAGCAUUCCCAUCCUCAAGACAUAAGAAUAUUUUGGUGUGAUAAUUCAACAAUGUUCUCAGUCUGGGAACAUGAGACCUAAUUCCUCCUUCACUUCAAGUACCUUUAGUUUACAGAGAAGUCUAUUUCCUUUUCCCAUGAUACACUUUAUUCCAUCAUAUUGGUGUUAUUGGGGUCAUAUUCUCCUGGUAUUGGAUCCCACAUCCACUGUUUACUACAUGGCCUUGGGGAAGUUACCAACCCUUUUCGGACCUCCAUGGCCUCGUUUAUAAAAUAAAAAAUACUACUACUAACCAAAUACCAAUAUGGCUUCUGUAAGGAAUAACUGAGAUUCUCUUUGCCAGAGUUCUUGCAUGUGUCCUUUCCAUGGCAGAAGCCCAAUAAAUAUUUAUGGAAUAAGAGUGUUGACUAAAUGAAUGUUGUAAUUUUAUCCGUACCGUUGCCACUCAUUCCAAGACUUGAGUCCACAUGAGAGGAAAAAGAGAUCUUUCCAAAUUCUAGGGAGCCUCUGAAGGGGGGGAAGAUACAGAUUCCAGAAGUCACUAUAACUUUGGGCAAGUUGUAAGGUGUGAUUCAGAGCCUCAGGGAACUUACUCACAAAAUAAGAGGAAAUGGUGUUUGCACAACAAAAUGAGUAUACUUAAUGCCACUAAAUUAUACAUUUUUAAAUAGUUAAAAUGGUAAAUUUUUAUUAUAUGUAUUUUACCCCAGUAAAAAAGAUAAAAAAGAAGAAAGUCCUAGAUAGCUAGAAUAUUAACUUUUUGAUACUGGAAUGCUAAGGCUUGAGACAGAUCUUACUAGGUUGCCAAGCACUGCUGACGUGUCAGAUGCAUGAUCUCACGUGACCCUCUCUGUGGCUCUCUCAGAGCCAUUUUACAGAUGAGUAAGCAGAAGCCUAAACUAGUCUCUCCAGAGCUGGAGCUUGAAUCAUUGUGUGUCCCACUAAAGAGCUCAGGUGUUUACUUCUUAGAUUUCUGAUUUUUUUUUUGAGGGGGCAAAUCAUAGACAUGGGCAGCUCAAAUUUUGCCCAAAGAGAACUUUGAUAGAGAAGGUGGUGUUUUCGAGAAACACUUGGCUACUUCUGUUCCCUGAAGCUCCCAAUAUAUUAGAACAGAGGGAGAGAGGAAAGAAAGAAGAAACAGAGAGAACAAAACACAAUCAAGACCUAGCGGCCUAUAUUGUGCUGUUUUUAAUAAUGACAUAUAAUUGUUAUAUAUAUUUGUGUGCUUUCAAUAAUAGCAAAAAAUAUCUUAGUGCAUGGUAACAUCAGAAGUUCCAGUCAAGGCCCUAGAAAAUUGAGAAGCCUGAGCAAACAGUUUCCAGCCAGUGCCUCUCCCUACCUCCCUUUAGUGCCUCCUGUAGAGAGUCCCUAAGUGGCGUUGUGAUGUAACCUCAGGUGACAUACUCCUAGAAUAUAGAUGGGGUUCCAGGACACAUAGCUGGAGAGGGGAAGAGCAAGCUAAAGACGUCCCUCAGAUCAUCAGUUUGGUGACACAGCAAUGAGAACCACAACCCGAGAAGAGUUGCUCCCUCCAGUCUCUUCUCAUGCAUGGAAUUGAUUCUUCAAACAGUGGCAGUAGUCACAGUGAUAAUAGCGAUAGCAGCUGACACAUGAAAGGUUUACCACAUGUCUGAUAAGCACACAAUACACAGCUGAUUCAGGUAGGUAGGUACAAUCAUUAGCCAUUAUCUUUUUCCAUGUGAGGAAACAGCUGCACACAGAAGUUAAGUAGUUUGUCCAAGGUUACAAGGUUUUCACAUUACAGAGGCAGAAUGGAAUUAUGGAAAGUGGCCACCCUUUGUAGACAUGUACAGUGGAGUUACUGUGAGAAUUAAAUGGAAUAAUUCGUAUAAACAUGUAACCAAAGCCUCACAGCAACCUUAUGAAGAAAGUCCUACAACGAUCACCCUAAAUUCACCAAAGGGGAAAGCGUGGCCCAGGGGAGGGAAGACACUGGCUGAGAACACACAGCUCAAAAGUAGCCGAGCUGUGAGGGCUGUCUUAUGCCGAAGCACAAACACUAAUGUGCUCUGCCCUCUGGCCUUCUCGGGAACUGAUUAGAAAGGAAGCAGGUGAAUUCCUGGCUAUGUUGUGGCAUCACUUUGCAUGGUUUCCAUACUGUGAAGCCACUGUUUUGUUUUUGUUUUUUCAUCCAAGUAAAGAAGAAUCCAUAGGAGAGGGUGCCAGUCUCCUAAUAUGUUUUUCAUCUUUAGGGACAAACUUUAUAAUGAAAUAAAUUAUUCUGUAUAUUCCUUAGGUAACAUUUCUUAUAGAAGAGGGAUAGAUCCUGUUUGCGGCACUUUUGUAGGCACAGGUUACCAUCGUGUUUCAGUAAUCUUUCCAGAUAGCAAUGCAGAACCAUUCUGCAUUGCCCAGGCAAGGUUUUUCCAUAAUUGCAUCUGUAAAAAUCUACCAUUUUAUAUUUAUUUCAUCAGUUCCAACAGUUCACAAGAACACCCAUAAUCUUAGAAGCAGUAAUCAACUGUUUCGGAAUUGCCCCAUCCUAAAUUUAGGCCUCACACUUGGUAAUUUAGCUAGAGAGUUUCUUUGUUGAGUGCCACUCUUUCACGGGUGAGGGUAAGUGCUACUAUUUGAACUGCAUUUAAUUCUUAUUAUUUUUCAAGUUGAACUGGAUACCACAGUGUUUAAUAUUGCAGGGUAUAAUUGCCUUAAUGCUGCGAAGGCACAGAGCUGCCGAUUUCCCUGGUGUUUGCUAGCCCUCUCCUAUAAAGGGGACGUUGCUACUCAGUGGGGCUUUCCUGCCUCAAUAUUUUAAUAAAACAAAUAUCGUUGCACUACAGAAUUUGUGGAGCAAUCAGUUAAGAAUAUGAAAUAGUCACCAAAUACAGCUUUUUAUAACUGCUAACAUCCAUCAGUUGAGGAAUUACUAAAUGCCUGGCCCUAUACCACUAGCUUAUUUAAUCUCACAACAAACCUAAAAGUUAGGUACUAUUACUCCCUUGGGAUUGAUGGGACUCCUUUAUAGCAGGUCGCAUAGUCUGCAGGGAAGAAUGCCUGCCCCAGAGCCAAGGUCUACAGCUCCUGUUACAUUAUUUUCCCAGCACAGGUUGCUUUCAGUUAUAUUUGCAGAAUAGGAAGGAGGGACUGAAUCAGAGACAGAAAACUCAACACAUAACACUUUAUGAGGAACAGUGAAAGUCCCACAUGCAUUGUUAAUUCUGCAUGUUAUUUGCCUGUUUCCCAGGGGGAUUGUCAUGACACUAACUGCCAGUCAGGAUUGUCCCUAUUUCUGUGUGCUCCCCUUCCCACCCCCCACCAAUCUGCUCUUCAAAUACGACCCCGACAACCAAGAGCAGAAUGAAUUUUCCUUGAAGUGUAAAGGAUCUUAUGGAGCUGUAUGAAUUCCCACUACUAAGACCCCUUUCACUCUAUAGUGAGAAUCACAUUUGAUGCCUGAUGAAAAACGAUUCUUUAUUAAAAUGUUUAAACCCUGCAGAUACCAGUACUGAUGUGAAAAAAUAAAAAGAUUUAUGAUAAUCCUGUUUAUUUGAAGUGCUUACAAUAAGUAUGUUAUUUAUUAAUAGACUGAGCAUGACAUCUUACAGGCCCUAAAAUAUAAGGUUUAUACAUCUGAGCAGAUUUUAAGAUGAAUAAUCAUAGAAAUGAUAGCUUAUUUAUAAUACCUUCUGAUUACCAAGAAAUGGGAUGAGAUUCUAAAAUGUAAGUAUAUUUAUCUAAAUGUAACUUGAAAUUCACUGGCCAAACAUUGAUCAUUUUGAGGAUACUUACAUAAGAAAGAGUAGAUAAAAAUCAAUUCUGCUUCUAAAAGUACUUACAAAUUAAGGGGGAAAACCUGGCCUUAUUUGCUAGUGGAAUUAUCUAUUUUUAAUGUCUUAUUUUAUAGCAAUAAUUAAAUUUUGUCUUAAUCAUCCUCCUUACCUCUACAAAUAGAAAGAGCAGUCCCUAUACACAAUAUAUAUUAUUUUGUUCAUUGCUUUAUUCAAUAAAUAUUUCUGUUCAGGCAUUGUGCACUGUGGGUACAAGAGCAAGUGAGAUGCUCUUCCUGCCAUCACAGGUUCAUUCCACCAGGAAGACAAGUUAGGAAAACAGAACCAAAUAAAUGCAUGUAAUUUCAGAUGACGAUAAAUGUUAUGAUGUACGUAAAGCCUAGUUACGAAGUAGAUGAUACCUUGGGGAGAAGGGUAGUCAGGGAAGGCCUUUUGGGAGACAAAAUUCCAGCAGGCACUAAUGCAUAAGAAAGAACGUUCAGAUCCCUUUCAUGUGCAAACUGCUCGCCAAAACCAGUCGGGGGACCACCAGUCCUCCCUAAAGGAAAAUAAUUCUCUCCUACCUCCUCCCCCACCAUUUUUUUCCUAUUUCUGUUCUCUUUGGAAAAUAUUUAUCUAAGAUUAAAUAAUCACUGUCCAUCUUUCCUUUAAUAUUAUUCCCGAAGUGAGGUCAAUGCAUUUCACGUGUCCUGACGUUGAGCCCAAUUCGAGCCACUCUGCCGAGAGGAAGGCUGGUAACUAGCUUGCAGCCUCCAUUUUUGAAGGUUUUUAUUUGCUUGGUUCUGCCUCAUCCUUUGGGCUCUUCAGAUCCCUCUCUCCCUGCAGAUCUCACCUUGCCUUUUAGCAAGUUCACAUUGCCCCCUGAUCUGUCUCUUCUGCCACGACCAAUAGUGUUCUGUGGAGCUUUCCCGUUCACAAGGCUGGGAGUAAGUUCAUAUGAUAACCUGGAAACAAGUCUUUGUGCUGCUGUCCAGGGCUUCACAAGCUCUUUUCUCUGCCUUCAGAGGGAGGAGAAAGAGAAAGAGGGUGGCAUUUGACAGAUUCUCGUAAAAGGCAGGUACUAUCCCAGGCACUUAACCUGCCUUCCCUUACCUAAAUUUUCUAACUUACCUGGGAGCACAGGAAUGUCCUCAGUUUACAGGUGAGAGGAAGCAGACCCAGAGCGCUUAAACCACUUCCUCAGAGGCACCCAGUUCACAGGUGAUCUAGGAGUUCACCCCACUCCAGAUUCCAAAACCACCUCAUGCUCUCUCUACUACACGGAUCCUGAAAGCUGUCACCUUCCUUUGUCCCAGACGGAAAUAAUAUAUGGGACUCUCCCACUGUUCAACACAUCCAAAAACCUUCUACUGAACUCUCAUGGUCAGUGUCUGGCAAGUAGGACUUUAAAGCUAGAAAUUAUGGUUUCAACCAAAGUUCCAGUUUCUAGAAUAUAAUUUCCAAUAAAAGAUAUUUUAGGCAGUAAACCGGCUACCUUAACAGCAGGUGCCAAAACCCUAUGGGUGAUUUACAGACAAGUUGAAAUAAGGAACAAAACAAAUACAUUUAGACCUCACCAAAUUCCUCUCCAUUUGGGAGGAAGAAAAAUAUUAUUCUCUGUAAAUGGAAAAAAAAGAGAUUCAUUCCUCUCUCUCACAUGGGUCCAGCUAAGCAGUAAUGCACAACAAAGCCAAAUGCUCUGAUCAGUUUCUCUGAGCUGUUAUUAAAGUUUGCAAAAUAUUGCUCUGAUUCUUCCUGGCAGGGUUUCAGUACUGUCUGUUUAAACUGGAGUUGGACUGGUGCUCCUCUGUUCAUCCUGCCAGAGCUGGUGAUCCCACCACCCAAAUCUCCCGGCACCCUGGCCUUCCUCUAGCAGAGGCUGGCCACGCCCGGAGAGCCAGCACCCACAGUUGGCUCUCUGAUAUGACUCAGAUCAACUUUCUUCUUCUUCUUUCUCUUGGCCUCCCUUUCUCAUCCCCAGCAUAUUCAUGCACACACAGGCACACACACACAUUUUGGGCUUUCACACUGAGCAGGAAGGGAAAGGAGACUGCACAGAACAGUCUGUCUCGAAGGUCUUCUGAUAGGGACAUGAGACCCUUCUUUUCCUCUGUUGAGCUGGCAGAUAUCUGACCCCUCCAGCAGCAUCCCUUACCUGUCCCCAGCUUGGCCCUCUGACCUCAUGCCUGCCCUACUGAACCUGCUCCGUUUCCUCACACACCCCAUGCUCUUUGUUGCCCGGGGCUUUGCUCUGCUGGGAAUACCUUUCCCCUUUCCCUUCCCAUGAACUGCAGGCUACCCUCUAGCUCCAAUCUUGGGUGACAUUUCUGUGAUCCCCCAAGAUGAUGCUUAGCUGUCCCUGUUUACAUGCUACGGUGGGGAGCUUAUCUUGUCACAAACUUAAAUGUGAUUUGUCUUCCCAGUGCAGCUGCAUGCUCUGAGACACAGAACUGCUUGAAGGAAGACUGAUUGAUAUAACAUAUCAUCCAAAAAGUGUGUAAAAGCCCCAACACAAUAGAUUUUUAUUUUUUGCAUGGAUAACUGUCCUAGGCUAGUUUGACAGCUAGGAAGGAAGGCCUUCAUCCAUGCAGUCAUUCAGUGACCCAGGCCAACAGUGGCUCUGCCGUCAUCAAUACGUGGAUUUCAAAGUCUCCCUAGAGAUUUUCUCCAUUCAGUCCAGCCAAAAUGAAAAAGUGCAAAGGAGUGCCUAGCGGGAAACUUUUAUGGACCAGGUCUAGGUGUGUGCAUCAUUGCUGUUCACAUUCUGUUGGCAAGAGCUCAGUCAUGUGGCCACACCUAACUGCAGGAGGGCCUAGGCCGUGUAGCCCCUGGCCAGGCAGUCCCUCUAGUAAAAGACACAUGCAGGGGAGAGCAUAAGAUCUGGGGGAUAGGUAGUCAUCUAACACACAGUUCUAAUCCAUAUAGUAGCCAAAUAAAUAAAUAAAUGAAUCAAGGAGUGAAAAACACUUAGGACAAAAGCCAUCCUCUUCACGUGUUCUGAUCUGUGGUGCAGGACCACGUUCACACAGCUACUUCAAAUUAGAAAACUGCAAAAUACCAAUGGUUCAAGAGGCAGGUGAAGAUUGUGAUUGCCUUAGCCAUCUUUCAUGUUCACCAACAGAAUAAUAGUGCCUGGCACAGUACCCACCAUGUAGUUUACACUCAGUGAAUAUCAGUUGGAUAAAAAAGUGACUGGAUGUUAUGCCUCAGAAGAUUGGAGACUGAUGAAAAUUAGGCUUGGGGUGGAUUAAUGAUUGUGCAUUGAGCAUUGACUCCCCUAUACAGAAUUUUAUUGUCGUUAACAACCAUUUGAUCAAUAAAUAUGAGAGAUGCCCUCACAAAAAAAAAAAAAAAAAAAAGGACAGACUUCCAAUGGUAAAAUAAAUAAGUAACCGGGAUGUAAUGUAUAGCAUAAGGAAUAUAGUCAAGAUAUUGUAACAGCUUGGUAGGGUGAUAGCUGGAACCUCGA